UGUGAAAUAUUAUUUGUAACAUCAAUGUAUUACGCCGAAUCAAGAAUUCCGAGAGAUUCCGAGGAUGAACGAGCUCCGGUUACGGACUUUGCUGUUGGAUCGCUAUCAAACGGAAUUCUUUUCCUUAGUUCACAAGAUUAGUCGUCCGUUUACUGGGACACCAUGCUAUUCUAACAACCUCGCCUGCCAUCCUACUGUUGGAGAUAUGCGAAGUGCCCUGAAAGUGAAAAUACAAAAUGCCAUUAAUUCAGCAAUUCUUGUUGAAUCUGAGGACCGGGGGAUAUUUGUAGGGGGUCGGAGGAGAAACAGGAAGAAGAAAAGAAGCAAACAUGUUAAAACAGAAAAGAAGAAAACGAAGAGGUCAGAGGGCGGAAGGGGAUCCCCCAACAUGACGGAGAAAAACAACAAAGUUGUCCUACAGAAAUCGGUAGAAGAAGACACCAAACCUCUGAUCGAGUCGGGAUUCUGUGACAGUAUUAUCUCCCUUGACGACGUACUUGGCCUUGACCUUGAGGAAGAAGAAGAGGAGGGGAUCCCGCCCCUGGUGGAAAGUGGAAUCAGCUUCGGUCCCCUGGUGCAGUAUACGUAUGCACUUCCAAACAUCACAGACUUCAUCGAGCAGAUAGAAUCUAACGACAUGCCGUUAUUUAAAAAGAAACAACCACAGGAGGACGUUGAACAGCUGCAAGAAAAAUCAAAAGAACAAGGCAACACUAACGAAGAGUCAGAGGAACGGAAGGUGGAAAUCAGAGAAGACAAUUCAGAACAAACCAAGAAACCGGAAACGGAAGAUGUAAACCAAAGCGAGGCUAGAGAAAAACCUGACUCCUCCCCGCAGGAUGGGACGGUAGGUGGCACUAGCUUUCCAACAGAGGAUGGCGAGGCGACGCCAGCAAAUGGCGAAGUUAAAAAUCAAGAAACAACUCUAGAAAAGACAGAAACAGUGGAUAAACAGACGAUGGUUGAGGAUGGCGUCACCACAAAAUACGAAAACGAGGUUGAUGGUGUAGUCAUCGAAACAGAGCAG